AUGGCGGAGCAGGGCCUGGGCAUGGCCUCCAUGAUCCCCGCGCUGCGGGAGCUCGCCGGUGCUAGUCCAGAGGAAUACAACACAGUUGUGCAGAAACCAAGACAAAUACUUUGCCAGUUUAUUGACAGAAUUCUUACAGAGGUAGAUGUUGUUGCCUUGGAACUCAUUAAGAAAUCAGAUUCACAACCAAGUUCUGUGAUGUUGCUUGAUUUUAUUCAACAUAUCAUGAAAUCUUCCCCACUUAUGUUUGUAAAUGUGGAUGGAAAUCAGGAGGAAACCAAAUGCAGUUGCAUUGAAUUUAGUAACUGGAUCAUAACAAGGCUUCUUCGUAUUGCUGCAGCUCCAAACUGCAACGCAUUGCACAAGAACAUUUGUGAUGUUAUCUGCUCUUUACUUUUUCUGUUUAAAAUGAAGAGUGGCUCCAUUUUUGAAGCACUAACUAAAGACUUGCUACAUCUUUUUCAAGACUUAAUCAUCUUGCAUGAAAGAGAUGCACAGAGGCAUCUCUGGGGAGAUGGACUGGUCUGGCCAGUGACUGUGCAGAGAUUUUCCAGCAAUAUAAGUGACAACGUGGGAUAUUUAAGACUGGCACCAUUACAGCUGAUGGGUAUGCCAAAUAUAGAGCAUUUGGAAGUUGUAUUAAUGUCUAUUCUGACAAAUAUUGUUGCAGAUAUCUUCUUUGUAAGACAGGAUAUUAUUCUCUGGGGGAUAGGCUGCUCCUUGUUAGAGUAUGGCAGUCCAAAAGUUAAAACUUUGGCAAUGAAGUUUAUAGUGAAGUUAAUUCAUUUAGGAGGACCUCCAGAACAGCUGGCCAGUGUUUUCUUCUCAGUCUUUUUUGAAAUUCUACAAUCAACACUUGAAAUGGAUACUGAGGAAUCAGAACUCUUUGGAGAGCCACUCUUACUGUUGGUGAGGACAUUGCUGCCUUUUGAAGCAGAUUCUUACAAAAAUAUUGAACCUGUCUACUUGAAUAUGCUGCUAGAGAAGCUCUGCUCGUGGUUUGAAGGGGAUGUGUUUAGGUGCCUUCAGUCUGAAAAGCUGAAAACUGGUUUUUGCCACAUGCUGCAGUAUUUUCUGGAGUUUGUUCCAGCUGGCUAUGAAUCUGCCUUACAAAUAAGAAAGACCCGUAUCAGUACCAUAUGUAGAAUUUUUGUGAAUAUUCUUGGAACUCAGGAAGAACAAAAGUAUCUGGUGAGUCCACUUUAUACAGCAUUAAAAACACAAACAGAAGAAAUCUUUGAGGAGAUUCAGCAGAACCAGCUGGAGAGCUCAGAUACUGAUGGGUGGAGCAGCAGCAGUGACGAAGUUCCAGAGAAAAGACGGAGACUGAGCCUAUCCACAAAACAUCCAAAGAAAUCUCCUGCACCUUUAAUGUAUGGCACUUAUAAAGAGCAUGGAGUGUCUCAUCCAUGUAACUCUGAUCUGUGUAAGAAUACUCCAAGCUCCUCAGAUUCAAUGGUGAAUAUACAGUUCAAGUGGAUUUCCUCUGAUUUUACCACAAGAGUAGUGAAAGUCUGCAGAAACCUGUUAGAGGCUGCUACACAGAUUGUUAAUCUAGAACAAGUGACUGACAGAGUAGUAAAAAUCUUUGAUGCUUUGCUAUAUGCUCAAGUGAAAAUUCCACUGAGUGAUCAGAUUCUUGAUGACUUAUGUGGAUUGCUGUCUCUGCCCUGGAUUUACAGCCAUCCUGAUGAUUCUUCUUUCAAGCCAUCUAUUUGGGGGUUUGGUCCUCCAGUUUUGAGUCAAAAAACUGCACAGAGUUUCUCACCCCAAACUCAGUCACACUGUGUGUUCCUUCUGACUCUCUUCCCAAAAAACAUUCAUCUGGAUUGGAGAAAAUCAGUUUAUCACUGGGCAUUACAAAGUCACCAUGAAAUAAUUCGGGCUACUUGUGUUAAAGGAUUCUCUCUCCUGCUUCAUCCUGUGCAGUCCUGCAGCGUGAUUCCCAGAGCUCUUUUAAAUCAAAUCAAAGAUGAGUCUGAGCUGGUGAAGGAGGCUUGUGCUGCUAUAGUUGGGAAGUUAUCUUGUUGUCUUUCCGGUCCAUUCCACCUCCGACCUUCCUUAGCAGACUCUGCUGUAAAGGAUGUUACUCAUGAUAUUUUGUGUAGCAGCCUUACUGUGACUUCUGCUCUAGGAAAAACUUCUUCUGUGCAAGCCUGUGUUUUCAAGCCCUUUUUCAUUCUACUUGAGAGCAAAGCACCCAGCUCAGUAAAGCUAGCAUUUAUAGAAAAUAUACCUCAUCUUUGCAAACACCUGGAUUUUAAUACUGAUGAGUCCAGUGUGAAGUCUCUUGUGGGGUCUUUAUUAAAUCUAAUGGAAGAUCCAGACAAAGAUGUAAGAGUGGCUUUCAGUAAGUGCAUAAAGAACAUACUAGAAUCCUUAGACUCUGAAGAAGGAUUCAUAAAAGAGCUGUUUGUUUCAAGGAUGAAAGAAGCCUACACAAAUGCCAAAAUGUCAAGAAAUAAUGAGCUUAAAGACACCUUGAUUCUCACAACAGGAGAUAUUGGAAGGGCAUCCAAAGGAGAAUUGGUGCCAUUUGCCCUCCUGCAUUUGCUGCACUGUUUGUUGUCCAAGUCACCUUCGGUGGCCGGAGCAGCGUACGCAGAGAUCCGGGCCCUGGCAGCAGCCAAGGCCAUAAAGCUGCAGGCUUUUUUCAGUCAGUACAAGAAGCCAAUCUGUCAGUUUCUAGUGGAAUCCCUGCACUCCAGCCAGAUGGUGGUGUUGAGUGCUUCGUGCCAGGGCAAUGAGCUGCAGAAAGAAACAGCUGCUCACCAGAGAGAAAUGGCUCUGGACAUGUUAUCUGAGAUUGCCAGUGUAUUUGAUUUUCCAGAUCUAAAUCGCUUUCUCUCAAGGACCCUGCAAGUUUUGCUUCCUGACCUUGCAGCCAAGGCCAGUCCUGCAGCCUCCACACUUAUCAGAACCAUAGCAAAGCAAUUGAAUGUGAACAGAAGAGAGAUUUUAAUCAAUAACUUCAAAUACAUCUUCUCUCAUUUGGUCUGUUCCUGCACCAAGGAUGAGCUGGAGCGGGCACUGCACUACCUCAAGAAUGAGACUGAGAUAGAGCUGGGCAGCUUGCUGAGGCAGGACUACCAGGGCCUGCAUAACGAGUUGCUGCUGCGGAUUGGGGAGCACUACCAGCAAGUCUUCAAUGGUCUGUCCAUACUGGCUUCAUUUGCCUCCCAGGAUGAUUCCUAUCAGGGACCUAGGGAAAUAACUUCACCAGAACAAAUGGCUGAUUAUCUGCAACCUAAAUUGCUUGGUAUCUUGGCUUUUUUUAACAUGCAGUUACUGAGUUCCAGUGUUGGCAUUGAGGAUAAAAAAAUGGCUUUAAACAGCCUGAGGUCUUUAAUGACACUCAUGGGUCCCAAACACAUCAGUUCUGUCAGAGUGAAGAUGAUGACCACGCUGAGAACAGCUCUGAGAUACAAGGAUGACUUCCCAGAACUGUGCUGCAGAGCCUGGGAUUGCUUUGUUCGAAGUCUGGACCAUUCCUACCUUGGCUCCUUGCUCAGCCAGGUGAUAGUGGUGCUAUUGCCCCUCAUACAUAUCCAGCCCAAGGAAACCACAGCAAUAUUCCACUUCCUCAUAGUGGAGAACAGGGAUGCAGUACGAGACUUUCUACAUGAAAUAUAUUUUCUACCUGACCUUCCUGAACUAAAAGAAGUUCAGGUUGUCCUUCAGGAAUACAGAAAGGAAUCCUCCAAAAGCACAGACUUGCAGACAGCCCUGCAGCUGUCUAUGAGAGCCAUUCAGCACGAGAACGUGGAUGUUCGGAUUCAUGCACUUACCAGCCUGAAAGAAACAUUGUAUAGAAACCAGGAAAAGCUGAUCAAGUACGUGACAGACAGUGAAACCGUGGAGCCAGUCAUCUCCCAGCUGGUGACAGUGCUUCUCAUCGGCUGCCAGGAUGCAAAUUCCCAGGCACGACUGCUCUGUGGGGAAUGUCUGGGUGAACUGGGAGCCAUAGAUCCUGGCAGGCUUGACUUUUCAACAAGUGAAACUCAAGGAAAACACUUCACUUUUGUGGCUGGAGUGGAAGAUCCAAAUUUUGCCUAUGGAUUGUUAAUGGAACUGACCAGAGCUUUCCUUGCUUAUGCUGACAAUGUUCGUGCUCAGGAUUCUGCAGCAUAUGCAAUUCAGGAGUUACUGUCCAUCUAUGACUGUAGAGAGACAAACACCGACUGCCCUGGCUCCAGGCUUUGGAGGAGGUUUCCUGAGCAUGUGCAGGAGAUCUUGGAACCUCACUUAAACACAAGGUACAAGAGUUAUCAGAAGGCUGUAAACUGGUCUAAGGUGAAGAAGCCAAUUUACUUAAGCAAAUUAGGUGAUAAUUUUGCAGAAUGGUCAGCAACUUGGGCAGGUUAUCUUAUAACAAAGGUGCGACAUGAUCUUGCCAGAAAAGUCUUUGAUUGCUGCAGUAUUAUGAUGAAAAAUGACUAUAAAGUGACAAUUUAUCUGCUUCCACACAUCCUUGUCUAUGUCUUGUUGGGAUGCAGUCAAGAGGAUCAACAAGAGGUCUACAUGGAGAUCAUGGCUGUUCUGACACACGAUGACCAGUCCAGCAGGAGGCUGGAGGACAGCGCAUCUGACCUGAGCCAGCUGAGCACACAGACAGUGUUCUCCAUGCUGGAUCAUCUCACCCAGUGGGCCAGACAUAAGUUUCAAACACUCAUUGCUGAGAAAAAUGCUGGCAAGUCUAGCAAAGACAGAAGUGAUCUAAAAACAUCAAGUGAGGACUAUGGAGAAUAUCAAAAUGUGACACGUUUUCUAGACCUCAUUCCCCAGGACACACUGGCUGUGGCCUCCUUUCGUUCCAAGGCUUACACCAGGGCUGUGAUGCACUUUGAAUCAUUUAUAACAGAAAAGAAACAAAAUAUUCAGGAACAUCUUGGAUUUCUUCAGAAAUUGUACGCUGCCAUGCACGAGCCAGAUGGAGUGGCUGGGGUGAGCGCCAUUCGGAAGGCAGAGCCAUCUCUCAAAGAACAAAUCCUUGAGCAUGAAAGUAUUGGCUUGUUAAGAGAUGCAACAGCCUGCUAUGAUAGGGCUAUCCAACUGGAACCUGAUCAGAUCAUUCACUAUCAUGGUGCAGUGAAGUCCAUGUUAGGCCUUGGUCAGUUAUCUGCUGUAAUAACUCAGGUCAAUGGAGUGCUUGCAAAUAGGUCUGAAUGGAUAUCUGAGUUGAACACUUACAGAGUGGAAGCAGCCUGGAAACUAUCACAGUGGGAUUUACUGGAAAAUUAUUUGGCUUCAGAUGUGAAGUCCACUACUUGGAGUGUCAGACUGGGACAUUUGUUGUUAUCAGCCAAGAAGAAAAAUGAAGCAGCUUUUUACGAGACGCUCAAGGUUGUUCGAGCAGAGCAGAUUGUGCCCCUCUCAGCAGCAAGCUUUGAAAGAGGCUCCUAUCAGCGAGGAUAUGAACACAUUAUCAGGUUGCAUAUGCUGUGUGAGUUGGAACACAGCAUUGGGCCAAUGUUUCAGCAAGCAGAUGGUGACCACAGUAGAGAUUCCCUGAACUGGUGUGCUCGGAUCGAAAUGACCCAAAACUCCUACAGAGCAAAAGAACCCAUUUUAGCACUGAGAAGGGCUUUGCUUAGUCUCAGUAAAAGCCAGGAUUACAGUGAGCUUGUUGGACAGUGUUGGCUCCAGAGUGCCAGAGUUGCAAGGAAAGCUGGGCAUCACCAGACUGCCUAUAAUGCUCUGCUCAAUGCUGGGGAAUCAACACUCUCAGAACUUUAUGUAGAAAGAGCAAAGUGGCUCUGGUCCAAGGGUGAAGUUCAUGAAGCACUAAUUGUUCUCCAGAAGGGAGUUGAGUUAUGCUUCCCUGAAAAUAAAGCACCCUGCAGUAGCAAAAAUCAGCUCAUCCAUGGUCGGGCAAUGCUGCUGGUGGGCAGAUUUAUGGAAGAAACUGCUAACUUUGAAAGCAAUGCAGUCAUGAAAAAGUAUAAGGAUGUUACAGUUUUCUUACCAGAAUGGGAAGAUGGACAUUUUUAUCUUGCAAAAUACUAUGAUAAAUUAAUGCCGAUGGUAACUGACAACAAGAUGGAAAAACAAGGAGAUCUGAUUAGAUACAUAGUUCAUCACUUUGGGAGGUCUCUACAGUAUGGAAACCAAUUCAUUUAUCAGUCAAUGCCAAGAAUGCUGUCUUUAUGGCUGGACUUUGGAGCAAAAGCAUAUGAAUGUGAUAAAGCAGGUCGUUCAGAACGUGUUCAAAUGAAAAAUGAUCUGGCUAAAAUAAACAAGGUGAUUACAGAGCACACAAAUCACCUGGCACCUUACCAGUUCCUGACAGCCUUUUCUCAGCUCAUCUCCCGAAUCUGCCAUUCUCACGAUGAAGUCUUUGCAGUUCUGAUGGUGAUUGUUGCUAAGGUGUUUUUAGCCUAUCCACAGCAAGCAAUGUGGAUGAUGACUGCUGUGUCCAAGUCCUCUUACCCUAUGCGAGUCAAUAGAUGUAAGGAAAUUCUAAACAGAGCUAUUCACAUGAAGGAAUCUUUAGCAAAAUUUGUUGGAGAUGCCACACGCCUUACGGACAAGCUGCUGGAACUCUGCAACAAACCGGUUGAUGGAAACAACUCAACAUUAAGCAUGAGUAUUCAUUUCAAAACACUGAAAAGAUUAGUAGAAGAGCACACCUUCAGUGAAAUUCUCAUUCCCUUACAAUCUGUAAUGAUACCAACUCUUCCCUCAAUCCCUGGUACCCAUGCUAACCAUGACCCUUUCCCUGGCUGCUGGGCCUACAUUGCAGGCUUUGAUGAUGCGGUGGAAAUUCUUGCCUCACUUCAAAAGCCAAAAAAGAUCACCUUGAAAGGUUCAGAUGGGAAAUCUUACAUUAUGAUGUGCAAGCCAAAAGAUGAUCUGAGAAAAGACUGUCGGCUCAUGGAAUUCAACUCCCUUAUUAAUAAGUGCUUAAGAAAAGAUGCAGAGUCCCGUAGGCGAGAGCUCCACAUCCGCACCUACGCAGUGAUUCCAUUAAAUGAUGAAUGUGGCAUAAUUGAGUGGGUGAAUAACACUUCUGGUCUAAGAAAUAUCCUGAUAAAACUUUAUAAGGAAAAAGGUAUCUAUAUGACUGGGAAAGAACUGCGGCAGCACAUGCUUCCAAAGUCAGCACCUUUGGCUGAAAAGCUGAAAAUGUUCAAAGAGGUCCUUCUGCCUCGUCACCCUCCUCUCUUUCACGAAUGGUUUCUUAGAACAUUUCCUGACCCUACUUCAUGGUACAACAGCAGGUCAGCCUACUGCCGCUCCGUUGCCGUCAUGUCCAUGGUGGGCUACAUCCUGGGGCUGGGCGACCGUCACGGCGAGAACAUCUUGUUUGACUCCUUCACUGGGGAGUGUGUGCACGUGGAUUUCAACUGCCUUUUCAAUAAGGGAGAAACUUUUGAAGUUCCAGAAAUCGUUCCUUUCCGCCUCACGCACAACAUGGUUAACGGCAUGGGCCCCAUGGGAACCGAGGGUCUCUUCCGAAGGGCCUGUGAAGUCACCCUGAGGCUGAUGCGAGACCAGAGGGAGCCUCUGAUGAGUGUCUUAAAGACUUUUCUCCAUGAUCCUCUUGUGGAAUGGAGUAAGCCUGUUAAAGGGAAUACAAAGGCCCAGGUGAAUGAAACUGGAGAAGUUGUCAAUGAAAAGGCCAAAACCCAUGUCCUUGAUAUAGAGCAACGGCUGCAAGGUGUCAUUAAGACUAGAAACAGAAUCAAAGGAUUACCUUUAUCUAUUGAAGGGCAUGUUCACUACCUCAUUCAAGAAGCAAGUGAUGACAACCUGCUCUGCCAGAUGUACAUGGGCUGGGCUCCAUAUAUGUGA